AUGAGGCCCGAAGUUGAACAAGAACUCGCUCAUACCUUGCUGGUAGAGCUUCUGGCCUAUCAGUUUGCAUCGCCUGUGAGGUGGAUUGAAACUCAAGAUGUCGUACUUGCAGAGAAACGAACGGAACGCAUUGUGGAAAUUGGUCCCGCAGACACCUUGGGUGGUAUGGCACGUCGGACGCUAGCGUCCAAGUACGAGGCAUAUGAUGCUGCCACUUCGGUGCAACGCCAAAUCCUCUGCUACAAUAAAGAUGCGAAGGAAAUCUAUUACGACGUUGACCCAGUCGAGGAAGAGCCUGAGACUGCACAGCCUGCUGCCAGUACUCCGGCUGCCGCCGCCCCCGCCGCCGCUUCUGCCACUCCAGCUGCGGCAGCCCCCCCUCCCCCAAGUGCCGGACCAGCUGCGGCAGUAGAGGAUGCUCCAGUCACAGCUGUUGACGUUCUCAGAACGCUGGUGGCACAGAAACUGAAGAAGGGUUUGGCAGAUGUCCCUUUGAGCAAGGCUAUCAAGGAUCUGGUUGGAGGCAAAUCCACAUUACAGAAUGAGAUCCUCGGAGAUUUGGGCAAAGAAUUUGGCUCCACACCAGAGAAGCCUGAAGAUACACCACUAGAUGAGCUGGGUGCUGCCAUGCAGGCUACGUUUAAUGGGCAGCUGGGCAAACAGUCAUCGUCCCUCAUAGCUCGUCUUGUAUCAUCCAAGAUGCCUGGUGGUUUCAAUAUCACUGCUGUCCGGAAGUACCUGGAGACAAGAUGGGGAUUGGGGACCGGCAGGCAGGAUGGUGUUCUUUUGCUCGCUCUUACAAUGGAACCCGCUUCUCGUCUUGGAUCCGAAGCGGAUGCCAAAUCUUACCUCGACGACGUGGCAAACAAGUAUGCCUCCAAUGCAGGAAUCAAUCUCUCUGCCCCAACAGCUGGCGGUGAUAGCGGAGCAAGUGGUGGUGGCAUGCUCAUGGACCCAGCUGCGAUUGACGCUUUGACCAAGGAUCAACGAGCCCUAUUCAAACAGCAACUUGAAAUCAUUGCUCGGUACCUCAAGAUGGAUCUUCGUGCUGGCGAUAAAGCAUUCAUCACAUCCCAGGAGACCCAGAAGACACUGCAGGCACAGCUGGAUCUUUGGCAAGCGGAACAUGGUGAUUUCUACGCAUCUGGAAUUGCACCGGCUUUUGACCCGCUUAAGGCCCGUGUUUACGAUUCUUCCUGGAACUGGGCACGUCAAGACGCUCUGAGCAUGUAUUACGACAUUAUUUUCGGGCGAUUGAGGGCGGUUGACCGUGAGAUUGUGAGCCAGUGUAUCCGCAUUAUGAACCGCUCAAAUCCGCUUUUGUUGGACUUUAUGCAAUACCACAUCGACAACUGCCCAACUACUCGAGGUGAAACUUAUCAGCUCGCUAAGGAACUCGGUCAGCAACUCAUUGAGAACUGCAAGGAAGUCCUCGGAGUUGCUCCCGUUUACAAGGAUGUUGCCAUCCCCACUGGGCCUCAAACAACUAUUGAUGCCCGGGGAAGCAUCGGGUACAAAGAGGUUCCCAGAGCUAGCGCUCGUAAGUUGGAGCAUUAUGUGAAGCAGAUGGCAGAAGGAGGCCCCAUCUCAGAGUACAGCAACCGGACCAAGGUUCAGAACGACCUCAAGAGCGUCUACAAGCUGAUCCGCAGACAACACCGUCUGUCUAAAGCCUCGCAGCUGCAAUUCAACGCCCUUUACAAGGAUGUCCUGCGCGCCCUCAACAUGAAUGAAAACCAGAUCAUGCCGCAGGAGAACGGCAAGAAAACUGGGCGAAAUGGCAUUAAACGAAAUGGCAGCCCUCGCACUGGAAAGGUCGAAACAAUUCCUUUCCUUCAUCUCAAGAAGAAGAUGGAUCAUGGCUGGGAAUAUAACAAAAAGAUAACCGGUAUCUACCUUGACGUGAUGGAAUCUGCUGCGCGCGAAGGCCUGACCUUCCAGAGCAAGAAUGUUCUGAUGACUGGUGCCGGUGCUGGCUCCAUCGGUGCAGAGGUUCUCCAGGGUCUGAUCAGUGGUGGCGCCCAGGUCGUGGUGACAACGAGCAGAUACUCGCGUGAAGUUACCGAAUACUACCAGGCUAUGUACGCACGCUACGGUGGCCGUGGCUCCCAGCUCGUCGUGGUUCCUUUCAACCAGGGCAGCCAGCAAGAUGUCGAGGCCCUGGUUGACUACAUCUACGACACCAAGAAAGGCCUUGGGUGGGACCUGGAUUUUGUUGUUCCGUUUGCUGCCAUUCCAGAGAAUGGUCGCGAGAUCGACUCCAUCGACUCGAAGUCUGAGCUUGCCCAUCGUAUCAUGCUGACCAACCUGCUGCGACUCUUGGGUUCCAUCAAGUCCCAAAAGCAGGGCCACGGCUUCGAGACCCGUCCUGCUCAAGUCAUUUUGCCAUUGUCUCCCAACCACGGCACAUUCGGAAAUGACGGUCUAUAUUCCGAAUCCAAACUUGGCUUAGAGACUCUUUUCAACCGCUGGUACUCCGAAAGCUGGAAUAACUAUCUUACCAUCUGCGGUGCUGUCAUCGGCUGGACUCGCGGAACUGGUUUGAUGAGCGGUAAUAACAUGGUCGCUGAAGGCGUCGAGAAGCUUGGUGUUCGCACAUUUUCACAGCAGGAGAUGGCCUUUAACCUACUCGGUCUCAUGUCCCCUGCAAUUGUCAACCUCUGCCAAGUUGACCCUGUGUUUGCCGAUCUCAACGGCGGGCUGCAGUUCAUCCCUGACCUGAAGGGUUUGAUGACUAAGCUUCGCACUGACAUAAUGGAGACCAGCGACGUUCGCCAGGCUGUCAUCAAAGAAACGGCAAUCGAGAAUAAGAUUGUCAAUGGUGAAGACAGUGAAGUUCUUUACAAAAAGGUCGUUGCGGAGCCUCGUGCAAACAUCAAAUUCGAGUUCCCCAACCUUCCUAACUGGGAAGAAGAGGUUCAGCCCCUCAACGAAUCCCUCAGAGGAAUGGUUAACUUGGAUAAGGUCGUCGUUGUCACCGGCUUUUCGGAGGUUGGGCCUUGGGGUAACUCUCGCACGAGAUGGGAAAUGGAAGCUCAGGGCAAGUUCUCCCUUGAAGGCUGUGUCGAAAUGGCGUGGAUCAUGGGCCUUAUCAAGCACCAUAACGGCCCGCUGAAGGGCAAGGCUUAUUCGGGAUGGGUUGAUUCAAAGACUGGCGAACCGGUUGAUGACAAGGAUGUUAAGAUCAAGUACGAAAAAUUCAUCCUCGAGCACACUGGUAUCCGACUUAUUGAACCGGAGUUGUUCAAGGGCUACGACCCCAACAAGAAACAGCUGCUCCAGGAAAUUGUCAUCCAGGAAGACCUCGAUCCUUUUGAAGCCUCGAAGGAGACAGCGGAAGAGUUUCAGCGCGAACAUGGUGACAAGGUGGAAAUAUUUGAGCUCCCUGAGUCCGGGGAGUUUACCGUCCGUCUCAGGAAGGGCGCUACCCUUCUCAUUCCCAAGGCACUUCAGUUCGACCGGUUGGUUGCUGGUCAGAUCCCUACUGGUUGGGAUGCUAAGAGAUACGGUAUUCCUGAGGAUAUCAUUGAGCAGGUUGACCCAGUCACAUUGUUUGUCCUCGUCUGCACUGCUGAGUCAAUGCUUUCCGCCGGUAUCACCGAUCCUUAUGAGUUCUACAAGUAUGUCCAUCUAUCUGAGGUCGGUAACUGCAUCGGUUCCGGUAUUGGAGGCACCCAUGCUUUGAGAGGAAUGUACAAAGACCGCUACCUUGACAAGCCUCUGCAGAAGGACAUUUUGCAAGAAUCCUUCAUCAACACGAUGAGCGCGUGGGUAAACAUGCUGCUUCUAUCAUCCACCGGUCCUAUUAAGACGCCCGUUGGUGCCUGUGCUACCGCUGUUGAGUCUGUUGAUAUUGGAUACGAGACUAUUGUGGAAGGAAAGGCUCGCGUCUGCUUUGUGGGUGGCUUUGAUGACUUCCAGGAGGAAGGGUCAUACGAAUUCGCCAAUAUGAAGGCCACCAGCAACGCGGAAGAUGAGUUCGCCCACGGCCGUACCCCGCAGGAGAUGUCGCGACCGACGACCACGACACGUGCUGGGUUUAUGGAAUCUCAGGGCUGUGGUAUGCAACUUAUCAUGAGUGCUCAACUUGCCUUGGAUAUGGGUGUACCAAUCCAUGGUGUCAUUGCCUUGACGACCACCGCAACCGACAAGAUUGGACGCUCCGUCCCUGCUCCGGGUCAAGGUGUUCUGACGACUGCGCGCGAGAACCCGGGCAAGUUCCCAUCUCCACUAUUGGACAUCAAGUAUCGCCGCCGACAGCUAGAUCUGCGUAAGAAACAGAUCAAGGAAUGGCAGGAGUCGGAGCUGCUGUACCUACAGGAAGAGGCCGAGGCCAUGAAGGCCCAAGGCCCCGAGUCAUUCGACGUGUCUGAGUAUUUGCAGGAGCGAGCCCACCACAUCGAGCGAGAGGCUGUUCGACAGGAGAAGGAUGCACAGUUCAGCCUUGGAAACAACUUUUGGAAACAAGAUUCUCGCAUUGCUCCUCUUCGUGGCGCUCUUGCCACCUGGGGUCUUACAGUCGAUGAUAUCGGCGUCGCUUCUUUCCACGGUACCUCGACCGUCGCCAAUGACAAGAACGAAUCCGAUGUCAUUUGCCAACAGAUGAGGCACCUUGGACGCAAGAAGGGUAAUGCCCUGAUGGGUAUCUUCCAGAAGUACCUUACUGGACAUCCGAAGGGUGCUGCUGGUGCUUGGAUGUUUAACGGCUGUUUGCAGGUUCUGGACAGCGGCCUUGUUCCCGGAAACCGUAACGCCGACAAUGUGGACAAGGUAAUGGAGAAGUUUGACCACAUCGUUUACCCCAGUCGCAGCAUCCAGACAGAUGGCAUUAAAGCUUUCUCGGUCACUUCUUUUGGCUUCGGCCAAAAGGGUGCUCAGGUCAUUGGUAUCCAUCCCAAGUACCUCUACGCCACUCUUGAGCGGGCACAGUACCAGACCUACAAGGCCAAGGUUGAGGCCAGACAGAAGAAGGCCUACCGCUUCUUCCACAACGGUUUGAUCAACAACAGUAUCUUUGUUGCGAAGAAUAAGGCGCCUUACGAAGAUGACCUUCAAAGCAAAGUCUUCCUCAACCCGGACUAUCGUGUGACCAUGGAUAAGAAAACUUCCGAGCUCAAGUUCCCUGCAUCUCCCCCAAAGCCCAAUGUGCAGGAUGUCGAGAGCACUAGACAUAUGGUUGAGUCUCUUGCAAAAGCCAAUUCGACCGAAAACUCUAGGGUUGGUGUCGAUGUGGAAACCAUCGACGCUGUCAAUAUCGACAAUGCCACUUUCAUCGAAAGAAAUUUCACUUCAAGCGAACAGCAGUAUUGCCUUAAGGCGCCAUCACCUCAGGCAUCGUUUGCUGGGCGGUGGAGUGCCAAAGAAGCUGUGUUCAAGUCUCUGGGUGUUUCCAGCAAGGGUGCCGGUGCACCAUUGAAGGAUAUUGAAAUUGCAAGUGAUUCGAAUGGGGCCCCUGUGGUCAAUCUUCUUGGUGCUGCAGCUGAGGCUGCCAAACAGGCUGGUGUUAAGAAUGUCAACGUCAGUAUCAGCCACAGUGAUUCUCAAGCUGUAGCAGUCGCGGUCUCGCAGUUUUAA